UUUAAAUUUAUUUUUAACUUAAUAAUAAAAUAACGACAUAUUCUGUCACCACCUCUUUUAUGUAUACAAGUGCCUUCCCUUCCAACGCCACCACAAUACUCUUAACUCUGAAGUAAGUCUGAAGCGCUUUUUUUUAUCACUAUUCACACACACUAGCUACUUGUCAUCAAAAUAAAACAUGUCUUCGAAACGCCAAAGUCAUGCGUCAAAGGGCAAACAAGUGGAUAAUACUGGCAGCAACGAGAGAGGCACCGAGGAAGAAGAUGGAGAGUUGGAGUUGGAGUUGGAGAAGGAGGAUUUGGUGUCUGUGACGAGACACUUGUGCAUAAAACCAGUUCAGAACUCUCAGAAACUGGAUAAAGAAGCGGUUCUGCGGCGAAUCCGUCACCGGAAGCGGAUGAAUAAGCUGCGAUCCACAGUGGAAGCCUUCCUAUUCUCCACCGACACACGCGAUAUCGAUGCAUCUCUUCAGGGAAAGAGGUGGGUCGAUGAUGCAUUUGCUGCCUUGUAAAUUUUAAUCUUAUCCAUUUCCAAUUCCUAUCUCUAAGUACCAACCAAGAUUCUUUAGUUUCAAUAGUCUUAUGUUGUGUCCCGGGGACUCGAGUUCUUGGUUUAUCAUGUAUAUGUAUGUAGUUUACGGGGUAAAUUAUUAUAACCUUAAGCUACUGUCUUAGUUUCUGCUAGUUUUUUCCUUGAUGGGAUCCGGAUUCUCUCGCUUUGAGAUAUAAAAAUUAUGGUAACUUAAUUCAUUUCAACCGUUAGAUUUAUAAAAAUAAAUUAGAUUGUGACACACGUACAUUAUGUACAAAAUAUAUUUUGACUUAAAAAUACACAUAUACAAAAAUAUAUUUUGACUUAAAUGUACACGUGUCACAAUUUGAUCUAUUAUUACAAAUUCAAUAGUUUAAAUGUGUUAUGUUAAGUUAUCCUAACUAGGCGAUCUAUUUCCGUAUUUGAUGUUGUACCACAGAAGAAAGAAAGCUUGUUUGUAAUUGUAUCAAGUUAACUUUCAUUUGAAGUAAAGUUUAGUUGUUCAAUUUU